AUGCAGUCUUACGACCAGCUUGAGCUGCAGCGCGAUUUUGUGGGCGAGCGCGCCGCCUUUCUGCAAGACGGCAUGAAGGUGACGGUCGAGCUUUAUGAAGAGCGGCCGAUAGGCAUAAGCCUGCCGGAUCAAGUGGUGCUGGCGGUUAAGGAAGCCGAUCCCGUGGUAAAAGGGCAGACUGCCGCUUCCUCUUAUAAGCCUGCGCUUUUGGAAAAUGAUAUUCGCAUUUUGGUGCCGCCCUUUAUCGCCGCGGGCGAGCGCAUUAUUGUCGAUACCAAUGAGAUUGCCUAUUUGCGCCGCGCCGAUUAG